CCUCAUAGCUAGGUCAAAGGCGGUAAUCCCUGCCAGCACCCCAGCAGGAAUUUGAAGCGCUCCCGAAGGCGUUCGAGUCUAUCAGCCAUGGCUGUGAACAAUCCCGGAAAAGAAAUGCUGGCUGUGAUACCUGUAUUCGGGCUCAUCGCGAGGGGCACGCCCGCCGGUCCUCGCAGGCCUGCCCCUCAACUUGCCCUCUCUUGACUCGCGCCUGUUAGUCCCAACAACUCUCGACGCACGAAGAUAUCAACCGAAACUCUCAACAAUAUGCCUGUCCGUAUCGCGUCACUUCGCCAGGCCUCGAAGAAGCUCGCUACGAAGCUUCGACCCACCCAGCUGGGCAGAGGAAUACGGGCCGUGGGGAGAGGCAUAUCCCGCAUCCCCCUCAGCCCCGUCAUCAUGACAGUGAAGGCUACGGGAAAGGUAGCAUCCUCGGUCCCAUUCGUUCAGGGAAUAUCUGAGGUCACGGUCUCGGCGUUGGAGCGCGUGAAGGAUAUGAAGCAGAAUCUCGAGGAGUGCAAGGAUCUCGCUCGUCUUGCCGAAGGUGUCAUAUCUGCUGUCGAGGAAACGACGAGCGACAUGCUCGAAGAAGAACAGGAUGUGAAGAUGCUGUGGAACCUCGCCGUGCUCGAACAGUGCAUGGUGGACAUCAUCACAACCAUGAAACAUCUGGAAGGAAAGGCCCUUUGGCGCCGCUACUGUAACAAGGGAAAAUACGGCGAGGCCCUCGUCAAGCACAAGAAAAGCUUGGAACACGCGCUACAAAUCUUUCAGGGGCGGCAUUAG